CAUGGGACUCUUCCCCAGAGCGUCCAGCAGGCCUAACACGAGCAGCACCCCGGCCCACAGCACCCCGAGGGACCCGAGGCUCCUCCUCUUCCUCACCAGCGGGACGCCGCCACAGGCCCAGAGCCGCAAAGCACAUUGGGUUCCAGGCUUUUGGUAGAAGCUCCAAGUAACCUUCUCUGAUGAGGAUGUCGGAUACUGUCGCCGUAAAGGAAACAAACGAGACCAUGAGAGGGCUGGAGACGGAGGAGGCCGACUCGGCGCCCAGAGACGGCCUGAGCCAAUCAGAGAGCCAGGAACAAACCGAGCCCGAGAAGGACGAGAGCGAGGGCAAGAACGAAGCGCAGCAGCAAACGUCCGGACAAACUGCAAAGCGGUCGAAGUCUAACGCAAAGUUAAAGUUAGUUCGGAGCCUGGCCGUUUGCGAAGAAUCCUCCUCUCCCCCUUUUACUGACCCGCCACGAGAACACCAGGAUAAAAUUCAGAUCCAGCUCUCCCAGUCCUUUGAUAAAGAAGAUCAGGCGGUGAAGAAUGAGGACGAGAAGGAGAAAAGUGCUGACAAGCUGGAGAAGACUGACAAAAUGCCGCGCAAGAUGCUGUCUCGAGAUUCCAGUCAGGAAUAUACAGACUCUACUGGUAUUGAUCUCCAUGAGUUCCUAGUUAACACUUUGAAAAACAACCCCAGGGACAGAAUGAUGCUGCUGAAACUGGAACAGGAGAUCCUCGAUUUUAUCAGUAAUAAUGAUCCCAGAAGCCAGAGGAGGAAGUUCCCGCCCAUGACGUCGUACCACCGGAUGCUGCUGCACAGGGUUGCCGCCUACUUCGGGCUCGAUCACAACGUGGAUCAGUCCGGGAAGUCUGUCAUCAUCAACAAAACUAGCAAUACAAGAAUACCGGAUCAGAAGUUUUCAGAGCACAUUAAGGACGACAAGACGGACGAUUUCCAGAAACGGUACAUUCUCAAGAGGGACAACUCCAGCAUGGACAAAGAUGACAACAUGAUGCGGAUGCGGCUGAAGGACGACCGCAGGAGCAAGUCGAUAGAGGAGCGGGAGGAGGAGUACCAGCGGGCCCGCGAGAGGAUCUUCGCCCAGGACGGUCCUGACAUUUUCCCGCUAGAUAAGAGAAUCCAGGAGGACGAGGCCUCCAACAGCACACAACAGAGACGGCAGAUUUUUAAGCUGAAGGACGGCCGGUCCACGAACAGCCGGCAGAGCAGCUCGGAGAACGAGCCCAAGUGCUCGGAGCCGCGGCCCUGGAGCAGCACGGACUCGGACAGCUCGUACCGGAACCUGAAGCCCGCCAUGACCAAGGCCAGCAGCUUCAGCGGCAUCUCGGUGCUGAUCCGCGGCGACAGCUCCGCCAGCAGCAAGAGCACGGGCAGGCUGUCCAAGACAGGUUCCGAGUCGUCUAGUAGUGUAGGGUCGUCCACGGGUUCGCUCUCACGCUCCCAGCUGCCCCUCCCCGCCCCGGCUCUAACCCAGCCCGGCCACGGGCCGCCCGCCGCCGCCUACCCCGCCGCCAGCGCUAGUAGCUCCGCGCCCUACGAGGGGGCCCGCGGCGGCCCGUCCCCCGCCGCCGCCGCCGCCGCCGCCACCGCUAACACUAGCUACUAUUUGCUUCCGUUGGAAGUCACAGGGAUACCGCCUGGCAGUAUUCUGCUCAACCCACACACAGGCCAGCCCUUCGUGAAUCCCGACGGCAGCGCCGUGGUCUACAACCCCGCGGUGGGCCAGCAGCAGGGCCGGACCCAGCAGCCCCUGCCCCCGCCUCCGCCCGCGCCCGCCCCCCACCAGCACCCGCACCCGCACCCGCACCAGCCGGGCAACCACGUCCUCUCCCAGCCGAUUCGGCCUCUGCAGCCCUCCGCCCAACCCCUGCAGUACUCCACGGCCUCUUACCCGUCCCAGCUCCUGCCCGUCUCCCCUAACCAACAGUACACUGUGCAAGACAACCUGGGGGCCCAGUUCAGCCACAUGAACCUGGUGCGGCAGGCCUCGGCAGAGGGGCCCGACGGCCACACCGCCCUGUACUCCUCCUCCAUGGUGCUGCAGGCGCCCCAGCAGGCCGGCUACAUGGUGGCCCCGCCCCCGGGCCAGCCCGGCCCCGCCCCCGCCUACGCCGGCUCCGCCCCCUCCGUCAGCCAGCCCAUCAUGCAGCAGCAGGGCUACAUCCAGCAGCCCAUGCAGCAGAUGCCUGCGUGUUACUGCGCCCCCGGCCAGUACCCACACUCCAGCCAGCAGUACCGACCGGUCACCCCAGUGCACUACAACAGCCCCCAGAACCAGCCGCUGCCCCAGCCCGCCCAGCAGUCAGGCUAUCAGACCGUGAUGCCAAAUCAGCCGCAGAGCUACCAGAGCCUGGUGGGGCUGCCACAGCCCCAGAGCCAGAGCCUGCUCGGCAGCCAGCACGCCAGCAUGGGGGCGCAGAUGCAGGGCAUGAUGGUCCAGUACCCGACCGUGCCGUCUUAUCAGGUAUCCAUGGCCCAGGGGUCCCAGGGCAUGCCGCAGCAGACGUAUCAGCAGCCCAUGCUGAUCCCCAGCCAGUCCAGCCAGGGCCCUGUCCCGGCCUCCAGCGUGCAGGUGUACUACAGUGUUAUUCCUCCCGGCCAGCAGAGCACCAUGAGCUCCUCUGUGAGUUUCCUGCCUCCUCCGGGCUCAGAGCAGAUGCAGUUCCCUCGGACGUCCUCCCCCUGCAGCUCCCAGCAGCUCCCCGGCCAGCAGUGUGCAGCCUUCACUCCAAAUCCUCACCUCUCCCGUCUUCACAAUACGAGUGUGCCCCCCCCUCACGGCAGCGGCAUGCUCAUGAUGCAGCUGACGUUACCCCCGAACCAGCAGCCCCGGGCGCACUCCCCCCCCCAGUGGAAGCACCACAAAUACUACAGCCUGGACCACCAGAGGGGCCAGAAGUGUACAGACCUCCCCAGUCUCGACACAUCGCAGAGCAGUCCCCAGCUAGGAAGCCCCAGCUCCUCCCCGGCCCAGUCCCCCGCCCCCGCCCACCUGACCAACAUGAAGAACGUCCGUCCCGGCCUCGCCCCCAUCUCCAUCAUGCCCCAGUUCUCCCGGCCGUUCGUCCCGGGACAAGGUGACGCACGGUACCCCCUGCUGGGGCAGCCCCUCCAGUACACCCCUCCCAUCCGUCCCCCCCUCAUCCAUGGACCUCACAUUGUCCCCAACCACCAGGGUCCUAUGGGAAUUCGACAGGUUGGCCGAGGGAGGAAACUGACGAGGAAAGCACUAUCUACAGAUCUCAGUGUAGGUGAAGCAGUAAGUGGGCGGAUCCUGGAAGUGACUGACCUGCCGGAGGGGAUGGGCCGUGUGGAAGCUGAUUCGCUGCUCGGGGAGCUGUGCAAGGCGGGGGCCACCAUCCGGUGGCUGCCAGAGCCCCCGCCGCCGCUGCCCCCGCCCCCGCCGCCGCCGCCGCCGAGACUGAACUGCGGAGCCGGGGACGGCGACACGAACUCUGACCCCUCGACCCCGCCCCGGGACCCGGCCUCCGGCUACACCGUCCUGGCCGUGUUCCCCACCAAAUACGCGGCACAGAGCGCCCUGGUCCGGCACAGCAGCCCCCCCGCCGCCUUCCGGCUCAGAACUAGCAAGAGACACUACGACUUCCACAACCUGGAGCGGGCCAGCUCCCAGUAGGGGGCGCCGAAGAGCAGGAUCCCCGCAGCACCCCCCUCCUCCUCCACCCACUGCCACCAUCACCACCACCACUACCAGUCACUUCCUGUCCUUGUCCCCUCCCCACUUCAUGUUUUUCACUAAAGUUGGCUUGAUGUAAUGGGCUUUCACUUGAGUUGUAGAGACUUUUGGGAAUAUGUUGCCUUUGUAAUGUUCUUAGCAAUUCCAUUAUAAAAUAAAAAUUGGCCAUUUAUUAUUUUUUAUUUUGUGUGUGUGGGAGGGGAGUUCAGAAUUGGCAGGAACAUUUCAAAUGGCAGCAUGUACUUUUUUCUUUUUUUUUUUUUUUCUUUUUUGUUUUUUUAGUUAAGUUUUAUAUUUGUGAAAUCUGGUGUCAGACCCAAAGCGUGGUUGUACAGCUGCAUUCUUUUCUCCCGUCCCUCUGUUUCCCGACCUCUCUCAGCUUUAUCCCCCUUUAAAGCAGAGAGCUCAGCAGGUGAGACACAGCAGGUAGGCCCAGGUAGGCCCUGCCCCCCCCCCGCCCCCCCACAGCCUGUCCCUGGCCAGCCGCUCGCGGUUCAGCAGGGUUACUCCACCGUGGACAUGUCCCAAGCGACACCAUGAGUUUCUUUUUGUGCCUUCUAUUAGGAUUCCCCCGUUUUACUCCUUCACAAAAUCUAGAAGGCACCUCAGUGUUGCUCGUAAAAUGAUCCACAUCUUUGUAAAUACUUUAUAUAGUACAGUAGAUAUAUAAUUCGAUCCGGUUUUCCUCACUGCAAAAUGUUAUGCUGGUAACAGGCACUAAUGAGCGCACUGUCUUUGGUUCAGUGUUCCUGGUCUGGUUUUAACUUAAUUUAAAAAAAAUAAGUCAAGAAAUGCAUAUCUCACCGGUGGCAUAUUUUUAGCAAUCCUCAAGCUUCAUGUGUCUCAGCUAUCCCCUCCUCUACUCCUCUCCUCACCUUUUCUUCACACUAGCCCAAUCGUUUCAAAUCUGUCAUUUAAAAAAAGUUUUUUUUUUUGUUUUUGUUUUUUGUUUUGUUUUUUUUAAGUCCUUAGGUCACUGGAAAAUCAGUUUGCACAUUUAUACAACUGAAUUUUUUUUUUUCUUUUACUGUUCUCCCAAAUGUGUGGAUUCUGAAAAGCUGUACAAUGUUUGCUGGUGCAAGUCAUUUUUAUUUCAGUUUGAAACCAAUAAAUGUUUACACCAAAUGA